AUGGCUGUUCCAGGUCUUCUUUCCGCCACUUCACCCACACUUGUGCCUUCGAUAGUAUUUGUAAUUCUAUUUGGAAUUAGUAGCAUUCUCUUGGGAUGGAGACUCUCACAGAAUUCUAGUUCCCCUUACCGUCGUUUAUUCUUAUGUUUCUCUUUACUUCGAGUUGCCGCAUUUAUUGCUCGUGCAUUUUGGUCACAAGACCAAAAUUCUCAGACAAAAGCAAUCAUCGCGGGAGUAAUUACAGCAAGUGGUUAUUUCCUGGUAGUUCAAUCUCUUUACGGAGUAUGGGUUAAUCAAAUUGCUGAUAAAAAAAAAUCCUCCUUUAAGCUUUUCAUUAUACUAUGUUCAAUUAUUGGAAUUAUUGGAAUCAUUGGAGCAGUUAUGCAAAUCAUAAAUGAUGCUAACGUGGGAAGAAUAUUGAAAAAAAUUUCAACUUUAGGAUUUUUAGGAUUAUUAAUAGUUCUGUUGUUUAAAUCUUUAACUGCGCAAAGAGAUUCUAAUACUAAAAAUAAUAUGGCAAUUUCAAACACUUUAGCAGACGUACUAAUUUACGUCACUUUAUUCGCAUUUAUGCUGGUUGGAAUUUACGCCGGAAAAACACAGAUGAAGAGUAAAGAUGAUUUUUUGUCAGCUUUGGGUACUCAAUUAGCUUUGCCUCUUGCUGUGAAUUGGUUUGCAUCAAAUCUUGGUUCUUCGAUUUUGUUCACUUACCCGGAAAUAGGAACAUCCGUUGGUAUUCUCGGAGUGACAUUUUAUGCCUUGACCAGUGUAACUCCUUUGCUGUUAUUUGCAUGGGUUGGCCCAAUAAUGCGUAAAAAAUGUCCACAAGGGUUUACCUUGACCCAGUUUAUUCGCGAGCGUUUCGGUCAAGGGAAUCAAAUUUUUAUGUCUUUAAUGUCAAUGACAUAUAUGUUUUGCUACAUGAUUAGUGAGUUGUCUUCGAUUGGACUUGUUUUAAUGGCGUUAACUACAGUCGAUAAGUUGGCACCAAUUAUCAUAUUAGCAGCUACCACUACUCUUUAUACCGCAUAUGGAGGAUUCCGCGCAUCAUUACUCACCGAUAAUGUGCAAGGUGUUUGUAUAAUGAUACUAAUGCUUAUCGGAACAAUCGGAUUUAGUACGAACAUAAAAAUCGAUCGCUCGGCUAUAGAACGUUCGGGACUUUUAAGAUCUAACAAACUCAGCUGGGAAUUACUUUAUAUAUUAGCGGUUGCUAUUGCAUUUGCUAAUUUUUUUCAUCAGGGAUACUGGCAACGGGUAUUCAGUUCCAAAAAUGAUCGCGAACUUAGAGUCUCAACUAUUUACGGUGGCAUUAUGCUAUUUAUUAUUCUCUUUUUGGUUGGAUUCACUGGUAUUAUCGCGGUUUGGGCAAAUCUUUGUUGUAGUGAUGAUUUGCCAGGCGCAAGUGCAUUCUUUUACCUGAUUGCGAUACUUCCUGAUUGGGUUGUCGGAAUUGUGAUUGUGCUUUCUGUGGCAUUGAGUUGUUCAGCAUAUGACACUUUGCAAAGUGCAAUGGUGUCUACAAUGUCGAAUGAUUUGUUUGCUAACAGAUUGCCAUUGGUUUAUAUUCGAAUUUUGACUGUCGUGUUAAAUGUUCCAAUUGUUGUCCUCGCACUUCGCAAUGUAGAUGUUUUACGAAUAUUUCUAAUCGGCGAUCUUAUAGCCGCGGCAGCAAUGCCACCAGUACUAUUAGGCCUUGUCGACGACCUCUACUUUAUCAACGGAUUUGACGCGUUGCAAGGCAGUAUCGGUGGCCUCUUAUCUAUAUUCAUUUUUGGCACAAUUUAUUUCGGAAACGCGUACGACGGCAUAAACCUCAUUCAACUUCCCAAUUCUUUUUAUGCUGAAGAUUACUCGGUUCUUGGCGCGUUUCUUGUCGCUCCCAUCGGUGGAAUAGUUUUGACAUUUGUGUCGUUUGCGGCGAGAAUGGGAGCAUUGUAUGUGUGGGCAAAGUAUACCAAAACGGAAUUUGUAUUCCCUUCGCGUCCUGUCGAAGUUGAUACUAGUCGAUAUGCUGGUACAGAGUUUAUUAAACCUGAUGAUAAUGAAAAUGAAGAAGUUCGGUCUGAUGAGAGUAGAAGUGAAGUUCGGUCUGAUAAUAUUAAAAAGGAUGCUCGAGCUGAAGCGUAA